UAGGGAAGUUAAUCAAUGGCAGGAGAGAAUCAAACGGAGGAAGCCAUUGUUGUUUCAACCUUAAACGAUCCAGCUGAACAUGAGGAGAAAGAUGAAGAAAAGGGAGGGCAUUCCAUUUUCAGUGUUAAGAGCCUCCUUUGGCAUGGCGGUUCUGUUUAUGAUGCCUGGUUUAGCUGUGCUUCAAAUCAGGUGGCUCAAGUGCUAUUAACACUGCCAUAUUCUUUCUCUCAAAUGGGAAUGCUUUCUGGGAUUAUUCUGCAGAUUUUCUAUGGUGUUCUUGGAAGCUGGACAGCAUAUCUCAUCAGUGUUCUUUAUAUUGAAUACCGAAACAGAAAGGAGAAAGAGAAUGUCAGAUUCAAGAACCAUGUUAUACAGUGGUUUGAAGUGUUAGAUGGUCUAUUGGGACCAUACUGGAAAGCAAUUGGAUUGGCUUUUAACUGCACUUUUCUUCUCUUUGGAUCUGUCAUUCAGCUCAUAGCUUGUGCCAGUAACAUUUAUUACAUAAAUGACAACUUAGACAAGAGGACAUGGACUUACAUCUUUGGAGCUUGCUGUGCCACCACAGUGUUCAUCCCUUCAUUUCACAACUAUAGAAUCUGGUCUUUUCUGGGUCUUGGAAUGACCACAUACACUGCCUGGUAUUUAACGAUUGCAUCCCUUGUCCAUGGCCAGGUGGAAGGUGUAACUCGCCAUGGUCCAACUAAGUUGGUGUUGUAUUUCACCGGCGCCACCAAUAUCCUCUAUACUUUCGGCGGACAUGCCGUCACCGUGGAGAUUAUGCAUGCUAUGUGGAAGCCUAAAAAAUUCAAGUACAUAUAUCUAUUUGCCACCCUCUAUGUGUUCACCCUAACGAUCCCAUCUGCUUCCGCCGUGUACUGGGCUUUCGGUGAUCAACUACUUAAUCAUUCUAAUGCCUUUUCGCUCCUCCCGCGUUCUGGGUGGCGUGAUGCUGCAGUUGUCUUAAUGUUAAUUCACCAGUUUAUUACAUUCGGGUUUGCAAGUAUGCCGCUGUACUUUGUAUGGGAGAAAGUGGUUGGGAUGCAUGACACGAAGAGUAUAUGUUUGAGGGCGGCAUGCCGGUUACCAGUGGUGAUACCGAUAUGGUUCUUGGCAAUCAUAUUUCCUUUCUUCGGUCCCAUCAAUUCGGCUGUAGGAUCGCUUCUAGUUAGCUUCACUGUCUACAUCAUCCCUGCCUUGGCUCAUAUGCUCGCUUAUAAAUCAUCCUCCGCUAGACAGAAUGCGGCCGAGAAGCCUCCUUUCUUCCUCCCUAGCUGGACGGCGGUUUAUGCAGUGAACACAUUUAUUGUGAUUUGGGUGUUCGUAGUUGGCUUCGGCUUGGGAGGUUGGGCGAGCAUGACGAAUUUCAUCAAGCAAGUCGAUACAUUCGGACUCUUUGCCAAGUGCUACCAGUGCGCACCCUCGCCCUCAUUGAAACAUCACUGAACUAGAACUCGGAUUUCAGACCAAACCAUUUCUUUGUGUUACAUAUAGCAUCUUUUAAGCUUGUAUCAUACUGCUAUAGUUUGUUCUCUC